CGGAGUGUGCGCAUAUACACAAAAUUUUCAUCUCAAUACAGAACCGGUUGGUCUGUGUAACUAAGCUAAAUAUCAUCACUUUUGUUGGGACUUGGGAGAAUACUGCGUCGAAAUAAUAAAUCUCCUAAUUUUCAGUCAUAAAAAAUCAAUAAGUUUUCGAAAAUGAUGAGCAAAUGUUACAUCUUUACAAAAGGACGAUCAAUCAUUAAAAGUGCUGCUGUCAAAGAUCGAAAAUUAUGGGAGAAAUUUUUAACCACUGCAUCAUGUUCUGAACCUUCUGGACCAACCGUAAGGACUGAUAUUCCUGGACCACAAUCUCGUCAGCUACUCGAUGAACUUAAUCAAUAUCAACAAGCAGCUACCGUUCAGCUGUUCGCUGACUACGACAAGUCUACCGGAAAUUACAUCGUGGACGUGGAUGGAAAUACAUUGUUAGACGUCUACAUGCAAAUAUCAUCAGUUCCGUUGGGUUACAAUCAUCCAGCAAUGCUAGAAGCUCUUUCAAAUCCCCACAAUCAAAGGACAAUCAUCAAUCGACCAGCUCUUGGGGUAUUUCCUGGUGCAGAUUGGCCUAAGAAGCUCAAAAGUGUACUACUGAAACCAGGAGUUGCUCCGUCGGGUCUCGAUCACAUAACGACGAUGAUGUGUGGCUCUUGUUCUAACGAGAAUGCUUUUAAAAAUAUUUUCAUGUGGUAUGCUGAUAAACAAAGAAACGGUCAAUCUUUUUCGAAAGAAGAAAUGGAAACUUGUAUGAUAAAUCAAGUUCCUGGAUCCCCACGUUAUUCUAUAUUAUCUUUUAAAGGAGCAUUUCAUGGAAGAACUUUGGGAUGUUUAUCAACAACUCACAGUAAAUAUAUUCAUAAAAUUGAUGUCCCUGCUUUCGAUUGGCCAAUCGCUUCUUUCCCAGCUUACAAAUAUCCGUUGAAAGAAAAUAUCAGACAAAAUCAAGAAGAAGAUAAACGCUGCUUAGCUGAGGUUGAAGAUUUGAUUGUCAAGUUUGAUAAAGAAAAGAAUGUACCUGUAGCUGGAGUAAUAAUUGAGCCUAUUCAAGCAGAAGGGGGUGAUAACCAUGCUUCUCCAGAAUUUUUCCAACAACUUAGAGAUUUAACUACAAAGCAUGGAGUAGCUUUAUUGAUUGAUGAAGUGCAAACUGGUGGUGGACCAACUGGAAAAAUGUGGUGUCAUGAACAUUUUAAUCUUAAAACUCCACCAGAUGUUGUGACGUUCAGCAAGAAGAUGCAAAUGGGAGGAUAUUAUCACACCAAAGCACUGAGACCUAAACAAGGCUAUAGAGUAUUUAACACUUGGAUGGGUGAUCCAAGCAAGUUGAUUCUACUGGAAACUAUUAUUGAAAUUAUUCAACGAGAUAAUUUGCUAGAAAAAGUAUCAAAAGUUGGUCAAUACACUCUUGAAAAACUCGAGACUCUUGAAAAAGAGCAUUCAAAUAUCAUUAACUCCUCUAGAGGUCGAGGAACUUUCAUUGCAUUCAAUGGAGCAACGCCUGAAAUAAGAGAUAGUAUUAUAAAAAAACUUUUAAAGAAAGGUAUUCAAGCAGGCGGUUGUGGUGCUAAUUCUAUUAGACUAAGACCAGCAUUGACCUUCGAUCAACAUCAUGCUGAUAUAUUCUUAGAUUCACUUCGUUCGGUUCUCAAGGAAUAAACUAUAUUUGUAAUAAUUAACAAAUGUAACAAUCAUCAUUUCAACAGUCUUCCAAACUAUUCAUAAUUAAGAGUAACUUCUACAUAUUUUUGUAAAUAUAUAAACAAAAGUUACUUUGAUAUUGUGUGAAAAUGUUAAUAUUUAAUUAUGUUCCUUAUUGCUGAUGUAUUUUUUGCCGUAUAUUUGAGAUUGAUACCGUUCAUUGUUCGUCCACAAUCAGUUUACCAAAUGAAGAUCAAGUUGUUUAUAAAAAUAAAGAAAUUACGAGGAUGUUAUUUAUUCAUUGUAAAAAUAAAUCGCUGUCUUCCAUUAAAUGAUGAUAAUAAAAAAAUGAGACAAUAAAUAAAAACUA